GCUCCACCGCCAGGCCGGCCGGCCGGGCACCGAAGCAAGGCGGGAAGAAGUCAGGUCUGAGCCCGAGGCGCUGGGCACCGGGCCCUCCCCCUGUGGGGCUGAGGCAGGAAGCAGGUGGGGCCGGCUUCACCAAGGCCGGGUCACUGCUGGCUGUUCGGGGGGGCUGCCCCAAUCAGGAGCCUCAGAAGCAGAAAAUGCAGCCCCAGCGCCCCAGACCAAGAGCCAGGCUGGGGCCCCCCUGCCUGGGAUGCCAGCACCCAUCUGCACGGAAGAGAAACCCGAUGUUCACCUUAAGUCAAGGAUCAUUCUACUUCCAUUUUCACAACCUUCUUCAUGCCAAUGGCCGGCACACAACCUUCCUAUGCUGUCGAGUGGAAAGAGAACACGAAGGCCUGAUGGACAGGAGGGUCUUCAAAAACCAGGUGGGCAGCGAUCACGCGGAGCUCUGCUGCCUCUACUGGUUCCGCGACCAGGAGUUCUUCCCCGGGGAGGACUACCAGCUCACCUGGUACAUGUCGUGGAGCCCGUGCCCCCACUGUGCGGAGGAGGUGGCCUGCUUCCUGGCCGCGCACCGCAACGUGAGCCUCACCAUCUUCAUCGCCCGCCUCUACUACUACUGGGUGCCCGAGUACCAGCGUGGGCUCCGCCGGCUGUGCCAGGAGGGGGCCCAGGUGGAGGUCAUGUCCUUCCAAGAAUUUGCGGACUGUUACGAAGAGUUCGUGGAGGAGCCCUUCCGGCCGUGGAAGGGGCUGUACAGUAAUUAUAGGAUGCAGGAAAGCAAGCUGAGGAAGAUUCUCGGAAGCACGGUGAGCCUGUUAAAAGAAGAAACCUUCCUCUUCCAGUUCAACAACCGGCACCGUGUGCCCAGACACUGCGGCCCCCACCGGCCCCGCAGGAAGACCUACCUGUGCUACCUGCUGGCGCGCCCCGGGGACACCACCGCCCCCACCAAGGGCUGCCUGCAAAACAAGAAAGGUCACCAUGCAGAAAUUCUCUUCAUUAAGAGGAUUCGUUCCAUGGGCCUGGACCCAAGCCAAGACUACCAGAUCACCUGUUACCUCACGUGGAGCCCCUGCCUCGAUUGUGCCUUCAAACUGGCUAAGCUCCAAAAAGACUUCCCGCGCCUGACGCUGAGGAUCUUCGUCUCCCGCCUGUACUUCCACUGGAUCCGGAAGUUUCAGAAGGGGCUCCAGCAGCUGUGGCUGUCGGGGGCCCUGGUGGCUAUCAUGGGCCUCCAAGAGUUCACUGACUGCUGGAACAACUUUGUGAACCACCAGCAGAGCAGCUUUGCCCCCUGGGAUAAACUGGAUGCAUACAGCAAGAACAUAAGGGCGAGGCUGGGCCGGAUCCUGAGGUCUUGGGGCUGUAGGCCCAUACCACCCUCAGGAGAAGAUUCAAGGUGACCUUGGACAUCAGAGCCCCCUUUGCCCCCAGCCAAGUUUGGAAGCCUUUUCUUUCCUCCCACAUUUUUCUUUUUUUUUUUUUUUUGGUGCAGGUCCU